CAACUGUCCCACUAACGGAGAGUGGCUUCCAGCAACAGACAUGCCCCCAAGUCCUGUCAGAAAGGCAGGAGUAGCUGAGGAAAAGUUCUCCCUCCCCAGGCUGCCCUGUCCUUCCAAAUUACAAACUUCCCUCCCUCCUCUCUCCCCAGCUCCUGCCUCUACUGGCCUCAGGCGGACUCCGGAGGUGGCCCCGGGGGGCGUACAACACCAGAGAAGGGAGCGGAGCAGGGCCUGUUGGGCGAUACCCGGUACCCAACAAGAAGGACAUGCCGUACGACAUCGUGGAGCUCAUGGAGGAAGUGGAAGUGAAGACUGGAUUUCUGCCCAAUGUGUUCAAAGCCAUGUCUCACCGACCCGCUGAAUUCAGAGCUUUCUUUGCUUAUUACAAUGCCAUUAUGAACAAAGAUACAGGGCGUCUCAGCAAGGCAGACAAAGAGCUCAUAAUUGUGGCUACGAGUGCUGUGAACAGGUGUCCCUACUGUGUGGUCGCACACGGAGCACUUCACCGGAUAUAUUCCAAGCAGCCAGCGCUGGCUGACCAGGUGAUCGUCAACUGGAAGCUAGCGGACCUGAGCGACAGGGACCUGGCGAUGCUGGAGUUCGCUCUUGCGGUGUGUCGAGCUGACGACAUCACCGAGGAGCACUUCCGGAAGCUGGAGAGGCACGGCUUCGACCGCGAGGACGCCUGGGACAUCGGCAUGAUCUCGGCGUUCUUUGCUAUGUCGAACCGCAUCGCCCACUUCGUCGGCCUGCGCCCCAACCGGGAGUUCUACGCGAUGGGCAGGACGGCGCGGGGGGGUCGGGAGGGGGAGGCGGAGGGCGCCUGACGCUGCUCGCUGGCGCCUGCGCGCCCGAAAGAUCCAUCGAGCUCUUGAAUCCGGCUGCUGCGCUGUGCCUGGGCGCGGGGGGGGAAG